GAAUAUCGACUGUGAAAGUUGUUCAGCCAGACGCGGACAGCCGUUGCCAGGCCGUUGCGAAGUUGAUGGAACGGGAGUAGAACGGGAGGAAGAAUCUUCUGAACUAAUACGUUAUUGUUUGUCAGUAACUUCGCAGUUGUUUCUGUUUGACCUAAAACGUUCCUAUAGAAACAGCGAAAGCUUUAUGACGGCAAACUGCCUGUGAAGACGCAUUGACUUCGUGAGUGAAACUUCAACAAGAUCUUGUGUUGUGAGUGAAUACUGUGUGCAACCAAGUGACCCCAUGUUCAGAAAAUGGCGUACUGAAAAUUUUUCUUCCCAUUUUUGAGAUUGAUGGAGAAUUAUUACAGCUUGAACUGAGAAUAGUGAAACUUGUGUGUUCAGUUUGUAGUUCAUGUUUAAGUGAAAAAAUUGAAUAUGGGAGAUAAAUGUCAAAAUCCACAAAUGCCCAGCCCGUGGCAGUAUCCUCCACCGUACGGAGUGUAUCCGCCAUAUCCUGGGCAACCAUACGGCCACCCAGGGUACAGUUAUUUGCCGCAUUACUAUUAUAACUCGGGAAUGGCUUUUAAUCAUAAUCCUGGCCAGACUCAGAAUAUGCAGCAUAAUCAAAAUAACCCUAUUGGACAAGCCCCUCAAAAUAUGAAUCAAAAUAUUAUGAAUAAAUCAUUUCAGUCUGAUUAUGGGCAGCAAAAUUCUAACAGCUCAAACAACCAAUCUGACUCGUGUGACAAAACAACUGACAAUGAAAUGCCUCCUCUCCCACCAGGACCACCUCCACCUUUGAAUAAUCAUAGUUAUCAAACUCCUCCUCCUCCAGGAACAGCGCCAAUUGUAAGGAACCCAUUCUACGGACAACCAUCUAAUGCACCAUAUGGUCCUAUAAAAUUUAAUCUUCCAAUGAAGAAAGCAGGACUUGGAUUUCAUGUGAAACCAUUUAAUAAUAUGGGUGUUUGUGUGGGUGGCAAUGGCAACAAUAAUAUGGGUGCAGGUGGUGGCAAUGGCCAAAAUGGUAAUGGAGGUGGAGGAAAGAAGAAGCGAAAGAAAAAUAAGAACAAUGCUAAUAAUAAUCAGUUUAAUAACAGUUUCAGCAAUAGCCCUACCCCAAUUCCUAAUAAUGUUAUGUUCAUGAAUCCUCCCCCACUACCUCCAAAGGAAGAGCCAGUCUUUCCUCCUCUGCCACCUCUACCAGCUGAACCGUGCCCUGAACCUCCAAAUGAUGCAGAUGAUAAAAUGGAGAUCUCUUCAAAUAAAAGUUCUGAAGGAGUCCCAGAAAAGUCUUUUUCAUCAGCACCAACUCUUGAGGAACGGCCAUCAAUAAACAAUGCAGAAAGUUUAGUUGUAACUACACCCACUGGGCAACUCACUGAUGCAAGUGAUUGGCCUGAUAGUCUGAAAAAUUACGUCAACCGCUGCUAUGCAAAAUGUGUGGAAGCAGUGGAUAAAGACAGAGUGGAAAUAAUUCUUAAAGGAAAAAUAACUCGGGCUGCUAGUGAUGGUUCACUUUGGCACAAAAACUGGGAUAAUGAACCCCUACCAAGUUUACAUAAUGAAAGGAAAUUUGAACCUAAGAAAAUUUUUCAACCAGCUAACUUGGAUAACUUAGGCCAAAGGCAGUCUCCGGCUAAACAGAGUCCAAUACGUCCCAAAAAAUCUGGUAUAUCUGCUGCUCUGGGAUCUCGAUUAGGAGGGAGAGCAUACAGAGUGCCAAGGCGAUCAAGGUCCAGGUCGCGAUCCCGAUCUAGAUCACGCUCUCGAUCACAUUCCCCUGUUAGUAAAGGAAGAAGACGAAGCCGCUCAAGAUCGUGGUCUCGAUCCAGGUCACGAUCAAGUUCAAGAGACCGCUCUAGGAGCCCUGCAAGACGGAGACGUACAAGGAGUGACAGUUCUUCAAGUAGUGACGAUAACUUUAAGUCAUUAAGAGUUAAUAAGCGACUUGGCCGGAAUGGUGACAGAUUGUCAAAUAAAGGAAGAAAUAACAACAAAAUGAAAGGGAAAAAUAAACAGAACAGCAGCAAUAAAAUCAAGUCUCAUUUUUAUUCUGAGUAUGGAAUACUAGGAGGGGUCACUGAAGAUUUAGGGAGUUCAGAGAGGUUACAACAGAGAGCAGCCCGUUUUAAUUCUAGUCUUAAGAGUAGUCCUAACACUAACAGUCCAAUGCCUGUUGUUAGGAGAAAGAAGCCGUUGAGUUUUAUUGCCAGCAUGAAUAAUAUGGUUGUGAUGGAAGAUACGAAUGGUGAAGGUGACUGGGCAGAUCUACACAUUGUUGGUACCUGCCAAGAUAUAGAGAAGCCGUAUCUCAGGUUAACAUCGGCUCCAGAAGCAUCUGCUGUACGACCCAUUGAAGUACUUAAAGUCGCUCUUCAGAAAGUGCAGGAGAAAUGGAGUCAAAGUCAAGAUUACAGAUAUGUUUGUGAUCAGCUAAAGUCAAUCCGUCAAGAUUUAACGGUCCAGGGUAUUCGUGACAAGUUCACAGUGCAAGUGUAUGAAAGUCAUGCUAGAAUAGCACUAGAAAAAGGAGAUCACGAAGAGUUCAACCAGUGCCAAACUCAAUUAAAAAUGUUAUAUUCUGAAGUUGGAGGCAACAAUAAACUUGAAUUUACUGCAUACAGAAUACUGUACUAUAUAUUUACCAAAAACACAUUGGAUUUAACAACAAUUUUGUCUUCCUUGACAAUGGAAGAUAAAGCAGAUGAAUGUGUGUCUCAUGCUUUAGAAGUGCGUUCAGCAUGGUGGUUAGGAAAUUACCAUAAAUUUUUUAAAUUAUUUAGACAGGCCCCAAGAAUGGGGGGAUACUUAAUAGAAUGGUUCAUAGAACGUGAACGUAAAGCUGCUUUAAAAUGUAUGAUCAAAAGCUACCGCCCGUUUAUCCCCGCGAGUUUGGUGAUGCAGGAAUUGGCUUUUGAUUCUGAUGAGAAGUGCUUAGAAUUUCUGGCUCCCUUUGGGCUUACUUUUAUGGAUGCAGAAAGGACCAAGAUAGAUUGCAAAGCAAGCGUUGCAAGCAUCAACAGCGUAUGAAUGUUCUGGGUUUUUCUACAGUCUUCAGGGAUAAGUAAUGCAGAAUGAAGAAAAUUACCUAAGGUGUGGAAAUGGCAUCUUCAGAAUUGGGAAGGUUUUUGUUUUUGUCUGAAGUGGGUGUGUACAACUGCCAGAUUUCUUCAAAAUUUGUCAAAUAAAAAUUACGUUAUGCUUCCUGUUACCGAGAUUGGUAUCAACGAUGGAUUACUGCUGUAGAAAUUUCCUGAAUUAUAUGAAACCUGAAAACAUAUAGUUUUCCAGAGAAUAAAAAAGUUGAAGAUCAGAAAAAGUAUUUAUCGUACUGUUUAUUUAUAUAGUUGGGAAUUGCAGAUAGCAACAAAAAAAAGUAUUCCAUUCAGAUAUCAAAAUUUGGAUUUUGGGUCUUGAAACAGCAACACAAUAAACAGAUGAAUCUGUUACUCUGUAUCUUUUGUUUCUGGAAGAGUUGAUUGCUGCAUACCAGAUAAAUAUCUUGAAACUGAAGAAACAUUAAUUUUAUUACAAGAGUAUACAUUGGAUAUCAAGAAGUAACAACACAAACUAAAGGAUUUCUUUUGGCACUGAGAGGCAAUACUCUUGUCAAAUAAGAGAGCAUUUAUUGAUGGAAUAGAUGGAAAGAGAGAUCACUGAAAAAAAUAAUAAUUAAAAUGAUUUAAUAGAAUCUACUGCUAAGUUGAUACAAAGAGGCUGUAUGAAAUGUAUGUGGAAACUGAUAUGUUUUGAACAAACAUGUAUAUAAUUGGAACCGGAACCAGCAUGGAAAAUAAUGUAUUAGGAGAUAUGAAGAGGCUGUCCAUCAACACACUAAAUGAUCAAGAUAAUGGUUAUUAAUUAACAGCUUUAAGAAAGAUAAGUUAUCUAUGGUAUGAAGUUCUGGAGGGAGGGAUAUUGCUUCUUUUUCAGAUUUAAUUACUAAAAGAAUUUGAAUAUUUACUUGUCCACAAGAAAUAUUUCUGAACAAGAGACUUGGAAGUAAGCAGACAUGUCAUAAUUACCUGGAUCAUUCAUUUCAUCCAAUAUUCUUAAUUUGGUGAUCUUACCUUAAGAAAUUAUGUAGAAAAAGCAUUGUUUGGGCUAAAUUUCAAUCACAUUAGAUGACCCAUCUGUGAUGUCAGAAAUUAUUAUAAAUAUACCAUUAAUACAAUUAAUGGAUAUCUGCAACCAUAAAUGAUUAAUAAACUUCAAGAGAAAGCUUUACGUCAAUCUGCAUCAUCUGAAAAUUGCAAUGGAAUUGUUCACUGAAUGUUGCAGGUUAAUACCCAUACCUCAGAAUAUUUCCCUUAUGUCCCUGUUCAUCCAAGAUUUCAGUAACUUGCAUAUUUCAGUUCGAUGCUGGAGUCAGCUGUGAAGAAAGAAAAGGAUCUCAAGAUGCAUGAAGCCUGUGAUGUGUGCCCAUAGACAUUGCACUUUGUAUAUUAUCAUUUGUGUAAAAUGACUUGUGUAAAAAGUGUAGGUUAUUUUCAAGAAUAGGGAUCUUGAAAAAGGGGUGUAAAUAUUACAAGUGUAGAGGUUCAUCAAGCAAGAAGAAAUUUGGAAUAUCUAUAAAUGGUAUGAAUCGAAAAUGAAGAGGAAACCAAGCUUUUGGACUUUCGAGGAAGUGAUUCACCUGUGGUUCUUCUCUCCGUGGUCUAUAAGUCGAGAUAGGGAUGUAAUGUUUAGGGAUGGUAGGGAAGGUGGGUCUAAAUUGAAAUAGCAGAAUAUGGUUCAUUGUUUUCCCCUUCAUUGUUGGUCUUUCUUCUUUUUCAACUUUGAGUAGUCGUCAUAGGUAGGGUAAUUUUUAUAAUCAGAUUUUUACAGCAGUUCUACUCCGCAGCUAAAAUGGAGUUUGUUCCUGAAUGGUUCAUGACCCAGCAGCAUGAUUGACCUGAUACAACACUGCCAAGUUUUUUUUUUUUUUCUACAGCAAGAUAAUUUAAUUCUGAAGUUUUUCCUUUACAUUUCUUUUUAAAUUUAACUCUGCAUUACUUCACGAUUAUCCCUUUCCUAUUAAUCCUUUUCCUUUCUUUUUUUAUUUUUGGUUUCCAGUGUGUAAUUGUAUAGAUAAUUAGAACCAAAUGAUUUGAAACAUUCCUUGUUGAUGACCAUGACUUGGUUAGCAACGAUAUUAUAAAAUGCAUGGA